UUAAAUCCGGAGACAAACGUGAAAAGAGGAAAUGGUGUAAAUAAAUCGUGUUGUGAGAGGCCUCAUCCAGGCGAACACAAAUCGCUCGCCUGCACAAAGCCAGCACCGUGGAUGAUAUUUAUAUCAGACUGAUCCCCUGACUCACUUCAAGGGCCCCUUCAUUCUCUAUCACUCAUCCACUCAUCCAUCCACCAUGUCUGCGAAGCGCAUCAUCCUCAUCACGGGCGCCAACUCGGGCAUCGGGUUCUGCGCAGCCAAGCUCCUCUCCUCCUCCGGAGAGAACCACGUUCUCCUCGGCUCACGCUCCGCCGAGAAAGGCCAGGUUGCCUUGGACGCCAUCAAGGCCGACCAGCCAUCAGCCUCCCUCAGCCUCCUCCAGCUGGAUGUCACGUCAGACGACUCGGUGGCCGCCGCCGUGAAGACUGUGGAGCGUGACUAUGGCAGACUCGAUGUGCUCAUCAACAACGCCGGCAUCGCUGAGAAAAACCGUCUCAGCGAAGAGCGCAAGAUCACCUCCCGGGAGGACUUCGACCACAUCCUCAACACCAACGUCACCAGCGUGUACGUCCUAACCUGUGCCAUGGAGGCUCUGCUCAAAAAGGGCCGGGACCCCUUGGUCCUGAACGUCACCUCCAUGCUGGGCUCGGUCGCCCAGCGCGCCGACCACGACUCGUCCGCGGCGACCGUCGCGUACCACGCCUACCGCGCCAGCAAGGCGGCCUUGAACAUGAUCGCCAUGCAACUCCGGUGGGACUUUCGCGACUGGGCACGCGUCUGUGUGCUCUGCCCCGGGUUCGUGGUGAGCAACCUCUCGGGCCCAGAGGAUAUCGAAUACAGGAAGCAGAAUGGCGCAGGAGACCCGAUGGACAGUGCGAGGGCUAUGGAGCGCAUCGUCCGAGGGGAAAGGGAUGCGGAGAUGGGCAGUCUCAUGGAGGCGCGCGGAAGCACCAGCCCGUGGUAGGUGGUGCCAUUGACGCCAGGUGGUAUCUAAAUCGAAUCUUCGUAUAA